AUGCGCUCUCACUCGCUCUCUGCUCACUUCCCUGCUGUGCUCUCACUCACACAGGAGGUGUUGGGGAGGUUUGGGUGCGAGGGGGUAACCUCGGCGGCGGGGCAGCUGCGGGAGAUAGCCAACCUCUACGUCGUGCCACCGGAAAACCUGCUAUCGCUGAUGGAGCAGGGAGGGCUAGUGGAAAUGGGCAAGGAGGAGGUGUUGGGGAGGUUUGGGUGCGAGGGGGUAACCUCGGCGGCGGGGCAGCUGCGGGAGAUAGCCAACCUCUACGUCGUGCCACCGGAAAACCUGCUAUCGCUGAUGGAGCAGGGAGGGCUAGUGGAAAUGGGCAAGGAGGUCUCUCUUCUCUAG